AUGAUUACAGGUUUGGAAGAUGGCAUGGAGACCCCAGGUACCAGUGAAAAGCCCUUUAAGUCCACUGGCUUGACUGCUCUUGUGUCAACAAGUACAGAGAGUAUAACAGACAUUCACACAAAGGAUCUGCCAGCUACAGAACGCAAAGACUAUGCCCAAGACAAAAUCCAGAGCACCACAACUCCCAAUAUAGCAUCUUUUUACUCAAUAGAGAAAGUAGGUGGAGAGACACAGGCAACAGUUGAGAAAGAUGGCUUGAUGGCGUUGACCUUCGUUGGAAUUGUAGUCUUACUAUCCAUUGGAUUCAUUGGUGGGAUCAUUGCUGUGGUUGUGUGAAAAAUGUUGAGAAGGUACUCACUCUGA